GCCGCUGCAGAACCCCGCUGAAACUUCUUAUCCCCUUCUCUCUUUCUGACUCUGUUUUCCGACGAAGCCUAAUUAUAAUUCCUUUUCUUCCUUCUUCUUCUGAAACAAGACUUUCAUACCCUUGUUCCCUUCGUCUGUUCCAUUGUUCUGCCAUUUGGUGGCACUAACACAUGCCCCAUGAAGAACAAAACACCGUUAUCAUUGGUUCAGUGUUGAAGCAUACGAAAAUUUUAACAACAGAGAGAACCUUUAUUGACACAAUUGAAUAGGUUUAACCCAAAAUAGAACGACAACACACAAAAAGAAAAGAAAGAAAAUCAAAGUUUGGACUCUGGUUCUUCUUUACCUUUUUCUUCUUCAAUCCCUCAGAAUCUUUGUAAAGAUCUCGUGACCUUGAAAUUGGAAACGAUGUCGUGUUUGUCAGCAAGAACAGGACGACAAAGACAGCGUUAUGAAGGAAAUUUGCGCCUUGUCUCCGGGUGUAUUCCCUAUAGGUGGAUAAAGGACAGCACAGAUCAAACGGGCGAAACAGAGGAAAUGAUAGAAGUACUGAUGGUUUCUUCGCCGAAACGCGAUGAUCUUGUAUUUCCAAAGGGUGGAUGGGAGGAUGAUGAAACUGUUACGGAAGCCGCAUGCCGCGAAGCAUUAGAGGAAGCAGGAGUUAAAGGAAUUCUAAGAGAAGUUCCACUGGGAAUAUGGGAAUUCAGAAGCAAAAGCAACCUUGACUUAUGUUGUACGGAAGGUGGUUGUAAAGGAUACAUGUUUGCCAUGGAGGUUACCGAAGAACUUCACACUUGGCCGGAGCAAAAUAACCGCAGUCGCCAAUGGUUAAACAUAAAGCAGGCAUUUAGUCUGAGCCGGUACGAGUGGAUGUGUAGCGCGCUCGAGGAGUUUCUUAAAGUCAUGGAAGAAGAAAGAAAGCUUGAGAAGCAAGAUGAUGAUAGCAUUGGUUGCCCUUCAAGUCUAGUAGCAGAUGUUUCAGAAUCUCAAAGUAUGGCACCACCUAAGUGCUAUAAAAGAUCCUCUACUAUGCCACACCAUAGUAUGAAUUCUAAGAAAAACAUCUUAUCAUGUGCUUCUUAAGAAUAGCCAUCAACUUUA